AUGGCCGACUCAGUAAUAGCUUCAGCCGUCGUGCUGCCCGACGCGACUCCAUCUUCACCAAAUCGCCGCUCGCCUGCCUCGUCACAAACUCCUCCAGAAACACGCACUGGAACGAAACGUCGCCAAUCCUCUGCCUCACAUGACUCUCCCAAACGACAACGGCUAUCGCCUUCACCAGACAGAUCCAGAAGGGAGGAACAUGCUGCACCCGCCCGCGAAAGACGCCCUGUGAAACCGAUCGAUGAGAAGAAGCGCACACAAAGGUUGUUUGGAGGUCUACUAGGUGGGUUGGGCCAGACCAGGCCGGUCAACUCGCAAGCAGCGAAACGACGAGCUGAGCAGGAGGAACGUCGCCGCCAGAAAGAGCAGGAACUCAGCGAUCGACAGACAGAGCGACUCGAGAUUUUGAACGUCGCGCGCACCAAGGAACAACGGACGGUUGACGAGGCCAACAUGCGCAUCAAGCACGAGAACAUGAAGGCCAUGUCGAGUUUCCUGACUACUGCCGCCGAACCAAAGCUAUACUUCAAGCCAUGGGAACUGCUUCCAGAACAGGAGGACCUGAUCAAUCGUCAACGCGAGGACGUUGACGUUCAGAUAGACCAGGAGCUUGACGACUUUGAUCAAGUUCGCCAAAGCUGGCAGAACCGAGACUCGAACGGACACCCUCAUCACCAAGACACCACAUCCACCCACGUCCAGGAUGCGCCAAAUGGCACUAUUCAUACUGCUGAGUCAGCCACCGAAACAGCGCUUCUACAAGAUCGAGAUCAAGAUCACGUCGGAGCUGCAGAUCCGGAGAUUGAGCCGAACCUAUUGAGCGUAACCGCAACUGAGACAGCUGAAGAGAGGGAAGCUCGAGAGCAGGCAGCAGAGGAUGAUGACCGGCAAAGGAAAGAAAGCAUAGAUGACACGGGCGAUAUCGUAGUUGAGGCAGAUGAGGAUACGGUCAUUUACUAA